ACUUACAGCUUCCUCAACCUUUAUUUGAAGUGCCCACCAGCUAAAAAAAUACCAGGCAGUUCUUUUUUAAAUACCAGUCUGAUCACACCUACCAUUUCAAUAUUUCUCGUUUCUUUAAUCUGACUUUCCGUUUCUCGUUCUUUGAUACAGCUGUCUCAUGUCAGGCGUGUACCGCGCCAUGAAGAACCUCGUUCCCGAUCACUCUGAAGCUCUUUCUGAAGUCCAAACCCAUGAACCGAUUACUUCGUUCAGAUCGGGGUUGACGACUCCCUGGAUUUUCCUCCAACCCACGACUGAGUUGAAAACUACUAUCACUGGCUCUGUGAAGUACUAUUUAGAUUCGUUGGCUUCGUCGGUCGGCGAUUCCCAAUGUGCACGCCAACGCAGGAAUAGAAAGCGCAAAAGGUCCGAAGUUGAGGAAGGUUCUACAAGCCAGGCCCUGCAGCUCAAGCAACUUUAUGUCGAUGGCUUUACUUCUGACCAGAUAUGGCAACAAGCCCUGAGAAUCCUUGAUUCUUCAGGUGGUGAGGUUGAGCGGGAUUUUACUUGGUGGUCUGCAGUGUCCAAACCAUACGACCCGCCCCUGACCUCAACUUAUGAUUUGGCUCUUGAUGACGCCGAAUUAGAGGGCAGCAACCUCGACUCUCAGUCAGAGACCGAUCUUACCCGAUCGAGUAUCGAUGAUGACGACUUUAGUUCAGUACACGAUCACUCUGAAACCUCCCCCCACGAUGAUUCAGACGUCGAAGAAGACAUUGAAAAAUUAUCCGACAAUAUUCCCGGAAGCGACAUCGACGAAGGUGAACAAGAAACGUAUGUGGAGGAUCCCUUCGGCUUGAAUGAUGGUUUCUUCUCGAUAGAUGAUUUCAACAAGCAAUCGGAACUACUCGAAAGACAAGACGUUAGUGGUGGUCCAGACAAUGAUUUUGAGAGCGAGGAUGAUGAAAUCGAUUGGCACGCAAAUCCUCUUAGUACGACAGGGUCAAUGUCUUUACCGAAGGGAGACAUGCCACAGGAGAACUCUGACGGGAAUGGUGACGAGAAUAUGUCUGACAGUGAAGAGGAGGGACCAACAUUUGGGGAUGCAGGCCUUGAGGACGAUUCCGAUAUGGACGAAGAUAAUGUCUAUGCCACAAACUCCGGAGGCGAAGGUUGGAUAAACACUAGCGACAUAAAGUAUUCUGACUUCUUCGCGCCUCCUCCGCGUAAAGUUACUCGCAAAAAGUCUCGCUCCCUUCCCAAAACUCAGCCUGAUAUUGCUAUUACCAACGACGACGUUGAUCGUGCCAUGGCUGAUGUUCGCCGUGAUCUCUUUGAAGACGAACCUUCCGGUGAAGACAGUGAUGAACAUGAAGUAGCGCGAGGAUCUCAGAUCAAUUAUUCUAGUCAUGAGAAGCAGCGUGCUCGCAUUGCUGAUGAGAUUCGCCGUUUGGAGGCUGCAAACGUUGCCAAGAAGGAUUGGAUGCUAGCUGGUGAAGCCAGGGCUGUCGAAAGGCCUGUUAACUCGCUUAUUGAAGAAGACCUGGAUUUCGAAAGAAUCGGAAAGCCCGUGCCAGUCGUCACAGCAGAGAUGUCAGAGGAUAUUGAAGAGCUUAUCAAGCGUCGGAUUCUCGCCAAACAAUUUGACGAAGUAAUACGACGUCGCCCUGGUGUUUCCGACGCACUGAGCGCACGGGGAAGCCGUCCUGAAUUGGAAGAUACCAAACCCCAGCAGAGUCUUGCUGAAUUAUAUGAGGCCGACCAUCUUCGUGCUACUGAUCCAAACUUCGUUGACCCUAAAAAUCAGAAGUUGAUCCGCGAGCAUGCUACUGUGACAAGUUUAUGGAAAGAGAUCAGCUCUCAAUUAGACACGCUCUCAAACUGGCAUUACAAGCCCAAGGCUCCGCAGGCAAGCAUCAAUGUUGUCACCGAUGUGGCAACAAUUACUAUGGAGGAUGCUCAGCCGACAGCCAGCAACGCUGUCAAUGGGACGGCAACCCUUGCGCCGCAGGAGAUCUACGCACCUGGCGACGAUAACAAAGUCGCUGGUGAAAUGAUUUUGAAGAAUGGAACGGCAAUCGCCAAAGAGGAAAUGACCCGGGAACAAAAGGCUAAGUUGAGGCGAGAGCACAAGAAGCAAAUCGCUAGCACCGCAAAAUCUCAGAAGACAGGGAAAGCGGCUGAGAAACAGCAGCUCAUGUCGGACUUGAAGAAGGGUGGAGUCAAAUUGAUUGGAAAGCAGGGCGAAGUGACGAAUAUCAAUGGCGGUAAAAUCAAAGAAGGUGUGAAGGAAGGUGGCCAUGUGCUCAAGCUUUAGGGUUCAGUGCUGUUACGAAUUGGAUAUAUGUACCAGAGAAAAGCGGAU